GGCAUUGUCCUGGGAGCUCUGCUGCUGAUUUUCUGUUCUUGGAUGACUCAUCAAUCCUGCAUGUUCCUGGUGAAAUCGGCCAAUCUCAGCAAGCGCAGGACCUACCCCGGCCUCGCAUUUCAUGCCUAUGGAAAAGCAGGAAAAAUGUUGGUGGAAACAAGCAUGAUUGGGCUGAUGCUGGGAACUUGCAUUGCCUUCUAUGUUGUCAUUGGUGAUUUGGGGUCCAACUUCUUUGCCCGGCUCCUUGGAUUUCAGGUGUCGGGCAGUUUCCGGAUAGUCCUGCUCUUUGCCGUCUCCCUCUGCAUUGUACUUCCAUUGAGCCUCCAGAGGAACAUGAUGGCCUCCAUACAGUCGUUCAGUGCCAUGGCUCUGAUCUUUUACACGGUGUUCAUGUUCGUGAUUGUGCUGUCGUCCUUCAAGCAUGGCCUCUUCAGCGGGCAGUGGCUGCAGCGAGUUAGUUACACUCGUUGGGAGGGCAUUUUUCGCUGCAUCCCCAUCUUUGGCAUGUCUUUUGCCUGUCAGUCUCAGGUCUUGCCUACCUAUGAUAGCUUGGAUGAGCCGUCUGUUAAAAUCAUGAGCUCCAUAUUUGCUUCUUCCCUAAACGUGGUCACCACCUUUUACAUUACGGUGGGCUUCUUUGGCUACGUGAGUUACACUGAAGCCAUUGCUGGGAACGUCCUAAUGAACUUCCCUUCCAACCUUGUGACGGAGAUGAUUCGAGUCGGAUUCAUGAUGUCGGUAGCUGUGGGGUUUCCGAUGAUGAUUCUCCCGUGCAGACAGGCGCUGAACACCCUUCUCUUUGAGCAGCAGCAAAAAGACGGCACCUUCGCUGCUGGGGGUUACAUGCCCCCGCUUCGGUUCAAAGCCCUGACACUGGCUGUUGUGUUUGGAACCAUGGUAGGAGGCAUCAUGAUCCCGAACGUGGAAACAGUCCUGGGCCUGACAGGUGCUACGAUGGGAAGCCUCAUUUGUUUUAUCUGCCCAGCUCUUAUUUACAAGAAGAUCCACAAGAAUGCACUUUGUUCACAGAUUAUACUGUGGAUUGGCCUGGGAAUACUGGUUAUUAGUACGUAUACCACCUUGUCUGCAACGGAGGACGCCCCUGUGAAGACGGAAGUGGUGGGCUUGGAGCACCUGGAUGGAGAGGAGAACAGAAUUGACCAGGAUUCAGUGAAAAUCCCAGACCAGAACACGGCAGUAGAGGAGGCGGAGGACGACCGCGAUAAACCGAAGCUGGGUGAGAAGGAGGAGAUGGAGCAGCCACAAAUCAAGGUGCCCAUGGAGGUACCCAAGAGAGAGGAGGAGAGAGGAAAGCCGGAGGAGAAAGUGCAGCUUGACCGUCCCGAUCAAGGGAUUGCCCUGCCCGUGGGGGAAGCGCAUCGCCACGAGCCACCCGUCCCGCACGACGAAGUGGUUGUGGACAUGGGGCGGGAGCGGGAGGAAUCCGAUGAGAACAAGCUUGCGCCCGGAGGAGCCAACGAUCAUCUGCUCAAGCCGGCACUGGAGGAGCCAGCUGCGCCGAAUCCCCAGAAAGAGGCACUUGGCCUGAAACAAGGGAAGGAAGCGAUCGCUGAGAACCAACUGCGGGGAGGGACUGACGAGCCCGUUAAGAAUCCGAAGAAUGUCCUGGAGGUGAUCGUGCAGCAGGAUGGCAGGCCGCCAUAUAAAGAGCUGGAGCCAGACAAACAAGUGCUGGAAGCCAAGGCGCAAGCUGCUGUGCCGGACGGUGAGAAGAAAGCUGAGGCUGCAGGUGACAGGGAGAAAUCAAAGCUCCAGCUCCCCAGGAAAGCAGAGGAGGCUGCGAAGUCCAUGGAGAAGGCAGCUGACUCUGGUGAAAAGCAGGGCCUGCCCCUCCCGGACAGAGCGGAUCAGCUGGAGCCGAGAGAGAUCCGAAACACCGAGGAGAAGCAACAGGAGAAGGCGGAGAGCAAGCUGGAGGAAGCGGGGCAGGCGAAACUGCUUGAUCAUGCUGUGCUGCUGCAGGUGAUCAAAGAACAGCAGGUACAGCAGAAGCAGCUACUUGACCAGCAGGCAAAACUCCUGGCUGUAAUUGAAGAGCAGCACAAGGAGAUCCACCAGCAAAGGCAGGAGGAGGGAGGAGAGGAGAAGCCAAAGCAAGUGGAAACGCAGCAGGAGCCCGCUGUGCCUCUCUCCAAGAGCAGGGAGGACGAGGGCCUCGGAGCUAAGCAAGAAGCUGCUGCAAAGCCGCUCAGCAAAGAGCUGUUGGAGCACCCUGCGCAGGGCCCGGGCAGGCAGCCUGCUGACUCUGCGGAGCAGCGCAGGGGGGCUGCAGGAAAGCUGGAAGAGGCUGGGCACAGGCGUGAGAUUCCGGGGGUUCCUCCCAAGGAGCGGAAGGUGCCGCCACAGGAGAAUGACAGAGCUGUUAAAAAUCUCGCAGAGAACUGGGAUCCCCUUCACAGGGAUGCCCAACACAUUCCGGCAGCCAGAAACCACCUAGAAAAGAAGCCCUUGGCGGAGGAUUUAGGAGGAGGUCAUGAAGCCAAAGCUGGAAGAGACGUCCACGAGAAGAAGAAUUCCCUGAAAGCCGUGGAAGUAGCUACAGCUCCCAUCCAAAGAGAACAGCUGGGGGCUGCCAAAGUUCAGGGAGUAGCAGGAAAGAGUCUGGAAAGAGACUCAGGAGCAGACCUUAAAGCCAAAGCACUGAGUCAGGUGGAGCCCAAAGACCUGGCAGUUGCGCUGGACUCCUCCAGUAAAAGGAACGUGGCAGAGAGCGAGCAGCACCUACGGGAGCGUCAGAGAGGUGCAGACGCCAAGGGAGGCAAGGGUGCUGGCAGACGGCAGCAGGCCUUGCAGCGGGACCUGCCCGGCAAAGGGGAGGGAAAGGAGGAAGCUCUUCGGGAGAACGUGGUGGACGUGGCCCAGGACCCGCAGGGAGGUCUCCGGAGCAAGCAGAGGCACGGGGAUGGGGGUCUCUCAAACGAUGCUGAGAAGAAACCGGGCCCUGAGAACGCUCCUGCCCAAAAGCCCGAGAGAGGAGCGGCUGCCCAGGGGGACCAGAGGCCGGACCAUGAUGUCAAACCGAACCGGGACCUGAAACUGCAGGCGGACCUGGACCUCCGCCGGAGGAGACGGGACCUGCUGCCUACCGAGGAGGAGGAGGAGGAGGAGGAGGCGGCUGCACAGGGGGCGGGGGUGUUCAUUGGCCUGAACCCCCUUCCAGAUGUGAAAGUAAACGACCUCCGGAGCGCUCUAGAGACACGAUUAAACCAAGUCGCGGAGGGGGCUCAGCAGGUGGUCCACAGCCGGCAGAUCAAGCAGAUGACGCAGGCGGACAGGAGCGUGUGAGCGGGGUGGUCGUGCUCGGUGGGUGGCUGCGGGUGUUGGCCACAGGCACGAGGCUGAGGGGCUCCGUAGGGAAGGUUCAAGUUAACCGGCUGGUUUUUUGGCCACUGUUGCUCAGGCAGUGGUUGGUCUAAGCCAGCAGCGCUUUGCCGGACGCGGUGCUUGGACCCACGGGAUCUCCUUGGACCCGUGAGCGCCGUCCAGGGAACCGUGGGCUUCUCGGGUCUCUGCGACGGUAGCGCCUCCCUGCCUGUGCUUGCAGGUGGCUGAGGAGAUGGCAACCGUGAAAGAAAAGCUCCUGCUGUCCUCUGGCUUUCAGAGGUUGCCAUCUACCUUGGUUCCCUGCCAGGCCAGCUUUCAAGGACCUUUUUCAACGCCUCGUGCGUAUCCAAUUGCCUUCUCCAUCCGGCUCUCAACUCCCCUUUCCGGAGCGAGGUGCUCGUCCACGAGGUUCCCCUGCCCGCUCGGAAAGGCUUCUCUGGCACCUGCCUCGGGUUCCUUCACCCAGGCUGCGCGGGGCUUCGGGGCAGAGGUCUGGGGCUGCGGGAGGAGGGGAACCAGGGAUCGCACAGCUCGGGAAAGGCUUUAUUCUGGAGGAGCAUCAAGUCGUGAGUUUGAAGACCAGCUUAGCCAAUUGCUUUGGUGUCUCUCUUGAAAUGGGAGCUGUUAGUCUUGCAUGUUUAGGAGAUAGCUGUGGUUUAGGAACCUAGUUUAGUAGAAACGCUGCCUUAAACGGGCACAACUGCUGCUGUUGUGCUGCCUCUACUCCCAGGGAUUUAAUUGGUUGGCCACACACUAGCAAUAACACGGAGCUUUGCUCUCACCACCCUCCCCGGAUGCUCAACUCUCAUCUGUGCUUUCAAGCUCGACUUCUCCUGCCCAAAGUGCAUUAUGAAGCUCCGGGGGGCCGAGACUGCCCCCCCCCCCCCCCCACUGGCUUGAUUUUUCUGCAAGAGGUGACUAAUUUGGUAACAAAAGACGUGGCUUAAGAGGGCGGACUCGGGGGCUUGGCUCAAGCAUACCUACCUCUUCUCUCUGUAACGCGGUGGAGCGUGUUUUGUUUCGUGUACUCUUCCCAGCCCCGCUCUGUGCUGUGUUUUACGCCCGUAGAUGUCGGUACUCCGCCCCUGGAAAUGUAUUUUAUGAGCGAGGAAGGGAAGAGCUGCUGUGAGAGCCCUGGUUCGUUUCGGGCUCCCAGACAGUGAUUCAUCCCUUUGUUUUUUUUUGUUUUGCUUUGUUUUUGUUUUUACAUCCUGACUUGCGAAUGUAAGAAAUCAAAUCCCAAAGCUCUCACUAGAAUGGCUGAAGUUUCCCAGCCUGGAGUCUACAGACCUCAUCACUGUGGUGGUUUUUAUAUCCGUAUCUCAAAGUGUCUUUGGUAAACUAGCCUCGUCAAGUUCGUGUCCGAUGGGACCUCGCAGAGCCAGGGAUGGGUCGUUAUCGGACACGCGGGACCGUCACACCAGUUCUGGUCGCUCGGGAACUCUGCUGCCGCCUGCCUGGGACGUGCGCCUGUUGCUCGAAGGAUGUCGUCUUAAUUUCUCAUUAAAAUGACACAGAGCCACAGGGCAACAGCCACGGACUUGGGCGUACUUCUUCAGGAGGACCGCCCGCGCUACUUCCCCCUGACUGUCAUGGCCUUAACCCUCAGGACUCCCCCCACAGUACAAGUGAGCUUCUCCAUUUCGCCGUCUUAAAGCACAAGCAACGCGGCCGGGAGCCCUGGAGCUGCUCCGCAGCCGACCCCUCCGCGUGUCUGUCGGGGCAGGGACGGCAGCGGGCUCCGGAGCACGUCUCCAAAGUCUGCAGCGGGGAGACAGGUCCAGGCUUUGUCCCCCGCGGCACCAACCAGCCUUUCUGAAGCAAGAAGGAGCUGGAGCAGGAGCUGGAUCUGCCCCUUCUUGCCCUUUGCUGCCUGCCAGCGGCUGUCCCGGGCUGUCCCGGGCAGCGAGGGUGAGGGCAGGCUCCUGCCCCGCGGGGUCAGACCCGCCCGUAGCCCUGACGCGUGUUUGUUGGCGUUGAGUUGUCUGCCUGAACCGCAAAGGACCAAAGAUGCUCCUGACAUUCCUCAGCAGCUGGGAAUGGCGCAGUCCCUGGGCCACGGGCACCCCCGAGCUGGGCUGGAAGCCGGCAGGAGCUGCGUCGCCUCUGCCUGCCAGGGACUGCUUGUACCGGGGUGGAACGCUUGGCGGGAGAGGCCGGAGGGGAGGCUGAGCUGAUCAAUAAAAUAA